AUGUCUGGAGAAGGAGUCGCGACGAGAUCGCGGAAGAGGAAGAUUGCGCAGAGAGAUUCUUUGUGGGAUUUGAUCGUGAAUAACGACGAUAUUUGUUUCACACACAUUCUUCCGAGAUUGGAUUUGAAUGAUGUGAAAUUCUUGUACGAAGUGAAUAGUGAAACGAGAAAGUUGGUGAAGAGAUCGUCUCGCAAGGGGGAGUUGAAAGAGACGUUUUUUGUGAGCGAGAUGUCGUCGAUAUCGACUUUGAAAGUAGCGUGGGAGCAUUAUCCGUGGGAAGCGUAUGACUACGAUGCGGAAGAAGAGACGGACGAAACAUAUUUCUCCGAGCAAGUUGCUAAAACGAAUAAACUCGAGUUGCUCAAGUGGGCGCGAGAGGAGAAAAAGUGUGAGUGGGAUGAUCGGACGAUUUGGGCGGCCGCACGUCAAGGUAAUCUGGGAAUGGUAAAGUAUUGCGUUGCAAAUGAGUGUCCUAUCGAUGAGAACGCGUGUGCAUAUGCUGCCGAAAGCGGUAAUCUCGAGUGCCUCAAAUACUUACACGAAGAAGUCAAAGCGCCUUGGGAAUCUUGUACUGCCUCUUGGGCGGCUGAAAGUGGUCAUCUCCACAUACUCGAAUAUCUUGUUGAGCGUGAGUAUGAUGAAUAUGGCGAAAAUGCGUGUUGGUAUGCUGCCAGGAACGGCCAUUUAGACUGUUUGAAGUACUUGCACGAAACCGCCAAAGCGCCUUGGAACUCUUGGUGCGUUCAAGUAGCGCACGAGAGCAACAACCCCGAAUGUUUACAAUACCUCCUCGACAACAACUGUCCUCUACCAGACGGUUAUCGAUACGAAGAUGGAGAGUUAUACGUACCAGAACCAGAAUCAGAAUCAGAAUUAGAAUAA